UCUUAACAGUCAGUUCGCGGUCUUUGAGUUGUUCGGUAUUCGGGCGCUUGAAUUAAUAUUCCUCGGGGUUUUCGUCUUAAUUCCGGUUUAAUUUGUUGAAAGUGUAAAAUCUUAAAUAAAAUUCAACUGUUUUGAUAAUAAAGAGUUGCACUGAUAGCGAUUUUGUUCACUUUGAUAAGUGAAGUGAAGUGCUGUGGAGUGAUUAUAAAAUAAGAUUUAAAUACGAUUAUAAAAAUUAAAUAAAUAAAUUAAAAUUGUUAAAAAUUAACCCCAUAUGUAAAGUUGAUCAGUUUACAUUCGAAACAAUAAAAAGGAUUUCUUUUCUGUGGAUACAAAUUUUACAAUUUUGGAUAUUACCAACUAUUACUAAAAUAAGGUUUUUUUAAAGAUAAAGUUGUAAUUCGAAACCGCAGAAGAAUGGUACGAGUAUGGCAUCUGGAAACUCUGGUCUAUCUAGUGCUGAUGGUCUUGAACUUGGUCAGCGGAAUACUAGACACAAGCUCACUGGAAACAAUCACCCAAUGGAAGCUUAUUUCGUACAAUUUCCCCCCGAAAUCGCCAACAACCGAUCAAAACUUUUACAGCCCGGAAAACAUAUUAAUUACAGGUCUAGCUGUGGGUUAUGAUAGGAUUUUCGUUGCUACGCCGCAAUUAUUUCGAGGUGUUACUGCAGCUGUUAGCAGUAUACCGAAGGUUGGAGCUGGUGAUAAUCCAGUUUUGGAGGUUUUUCCAGAUUGGUCGUACGCAGUAGCCGGUCGACAAGACUUUAAUUGCAGUGACUUGAAGCUGAUAUCGGUGUAUAGGAUGAAAAUUGACUCGUGCAACCGGCUGUGGGCCUUGGAUGCUGGUAUAUCACGGUCUUUGGAGGACUACGAAGUCACUUGUCCACCGAAGAUCUUGGUCUUUGAUCUUAACACGAAUAGAGUUGUUAGAAGAAUUGACUUCCCACGGCAAGUGCUUAGAGGCGAGUCAUUGUUUACCAACUUAAUUGUGGAUGAAACAACAUCCAAGCCAGGCAACUGUGACGAUGUCUUCGUCUACAUUUCGGAUACUGUUGAACCUGCCAUCGUUGUAUAUGACAGUAAGCAAGAUGUCACUUGGAGAGUUUCCCAUCCUUCUAUGUACCCUGAUCCGGAUUUUGCUCAAUCGGAGAUUCUCGGAGACCGUUUUGUAUUGAUGGAUGGUGUUGUGGGUUUGACCUUUGAUCAAAAAUCUGGAAUCAUUUACUAUCAGCCCUUGGCUACUGACAGAGUCUUUUCUGUAACCCGUGAAGUCCUUCGAUCGGGACCGAUAGCCCUUAACCAACUUUUGCCUGUGAAGCUUGUUGGUAAGAAGUCUUCGCAAGGCAUUACCUUAGCUGUGUCUCCAAUCGAUGGAAGUCUUUUGUUUAGUCCUCUCACCGAAACAGCUGUUGCAUCAUGGAACCCAUCAACAGGGCGUCAACAAACUCUUGCAACAGAUCAACAACGACUUCAAUUUGUAGCCGAUCUGGCCACACCACUAACUGAAUCUGGUGUUUUGUAUAUGGUAUCUUCGAAAUUCCAGCGUUUCUUCUUGAAGAAUCUAAAUCGUAAUGAGUACAACAAUCGUAUUCUUCGCAUUAAUAUUGGCCGAUCAAGUCCAACACCUCUGAUUCCAGCAACGAAACCCUCAAACUACGCCUAUUAUUCGACCAAUACCAUUGACAAACGGCCAGUAUCUUCAUUUGCUUCAACUGUGAGCAGUGGUAAUUUCUUCACCAGUCCCAAUUUAAGUCCCUUUGGAUAUGAGUCGGUUAGUUUGUUCCCGAAAUCAUCAAGAAACCCAUUCACUGCACUGAACCCAAGUGAAGCUUUAGCUACAAAGUUGACCAGACAACCAGCAGAAAGGUCAUUUCUUGACAAUUUGCCCCCGACUGGAUAUCAUUACAAUAGAUUUUCCAGAAGUAUUGCUGAAGAGAAAAACGCCAUGAUAAAUUAGGAGAAGAGAAAUUCUCUUUUGAAACAUUAUUUAUUAUUAUUGUAUAAAGUGUGUGUUAAUAUUAUUUUAUUUUAUUAUUUUUUUGGAAAAACAUUGUAAAUUUUGUAAAUAUAUGAAUUAUUAAGUCCAUUGUUUUAGGAAUUAAAUAAUGUAUUUUGAAAUUUUCAAAA